AUGGACCCUAUAACCGGUGUGCGUGUGGAUCCGAAGCGAAGAAAGAGAGUGUUCAGCAACCGAACCAAAACUGGCUGUAUCACCUGCCGCCGACGGAAGAAGAAGUGUGAUGAAGGCAAGCCAGAAUGUACUAAUUGCAAACGUGGAGGUUUCGUUUGUGAAGGUUAUUCAGGUAAAGUCAGUUGGCAGAAGCCCCCGGGCAAGCAGAUACCUCCCUCAGUUGUUACCGGACCACCAUAUAUUCAGUCGAAGGAAGAUCAACCCAUGGUGGACUCCCCAAUCCACACACAUACCAUCCCCGUCUCGACGCCCACGAGCGCUUCCCAUCGGAUGGGAAUGGAGGACCGUCCUUACCACGCGCGCGCUGAUGAGCUCUCUGGCGGUCGAAACGCAACACCGACGCAAGACGGCAUGUCUCCACGGUCUGCGAACCACGCCUACUUGCCUCUACGCGGCGAUAACGGUCCUACGCCUUCCGCAUCUACCCCACAACACGAGAAUGGAAACAACAACAGCAGCAGCAGUAACAACAACAACAGCACCCCAAACGUCAAUCCCAACGUAGCUGCUAGUCCUACGAUGGGCGGUUCGGAUCGUCGUGUGUCGUUUUCCUCGCACCAAGCAUUGACUGCGGCAUCCGGCGCGAUGGUUCGUCCGAGGUCGGAGAAGGAGAAGAUGAUCAACUCGGAGUUGUACCACGCUAGCUCGCCCGAGCUGGUCGCCGAACGUGAGGCCUGCAAGGCGGCUUGCUGGAGAUACAAUAAUAUCGCGUCGAACCCAAACAGCCAAGUGUCGGAGGGCGAGAAGGGCAGAAUGCUCCUCGAUAUUCUGCGACCGGGAAAUAAGUGGGAGGUGGUGAGCACUGGGGCUGCCCCUGGAACACCUGGUGCCAUCACCUACGUCACGGACAAUGGAUACCAGAGUGAUAUCGUAGAUGUCACUGUGGACGCUCCGUUCACGUGCAGCUACGGCUACAACAUUCGUCUGGGAAAGAACGUUUACAUCGAGUUUGGAUGUACGAUCCUGGACAGCUGCAACGUGACCAUCAAAGCGCGCACGAUCCUGUCGCCCGGUGUCAGCAUCUACGCUGCGACCCACCCCAUCGACCCGCGGAAACGCAAUGGAGCCCGGGGACCAGAGAUGGCCAAGCCGGUUCUGAUCGAGGAAGACUGUUGGUUGGGAGGAAAUGUCAUCGUAUUGGGUGGCAUCACGAUCGGAAAAGGAAGUGUCGUCGGAGCUGGAAGUGUGGUCACACGGGACGUCCCGCCUUUCACCGUCGUUGCUGGUAACCCUGCUCGUGUCAUUCGUGGUAUCUACCACAAUGGCGUUGACAUGUGA